AGUGGUAGUUCUCCUAAUCCGACUGGUGGUUCUUCCAAUCCUAAUCAGACUGGUGGUUCUUCCAAUCCUAAUCAGAGUGGUAGUUCUCCUAAUCCGACUGCCAACUCUCUCAACCCUUCCAAUUCAAUGGCCGGUACUUUAACUCCUAAUCCGACUGCUAAUGUUGUCUCUCCAGCUUCUGCCAAUUCUUUAAGUUCUUCACCCAGCUCUAGUCGUACCUCAAUUCCCACCCCGCCUACUAUUAGUAACACUGCACCUUCUACUGUUAAUCCUUUAAUUAUAG